AGGUUGCUAACAAUGAAUGUCUCAACAAAGAGAUAUCCUCGGAAAAUGUAACGUUAGCUGACGAGAUAACCAGCACGAAAGAGAGGAUCAGUGCAAUGAAGAAUUAAGGUUGCAACGACCCAGCAGAGUUGGCAUGAAAACAAAUUAGUUUGCAGAUUCGGGCGCAGGAGAGGUCCAUUGGUGUUUUUCUUGAGCUCAACACGUACUACCACUUCACUGCUCAACGUUUUAUAUAUUUGUAAUUAGGGGAUUGUAUGAAAACGGAUUAGGAUUGGGAUUUUCUUCGCACCUGUGCACGGAAAACGCCAUCUCUCCACGUUAGCAGGGUUUGGCCACACCAAGCCAUGACGGACGGGAGGAUUUAUGUGGGGAACCUUCCCAUGGAUGUGCAGGAGAGGGACAUUGAGGAUCUCUUCUACAAAUAUGGAAAAAUCCGGGACAUAGAGCUGAAGAACAACAGAGGCACCAUCCCGUUUGCCUUUGUGCGCUUUGAGGACCCACGGGAUGCCGAGGAUGCUGUCUAUGGAAGGAAUGGAUAUGGAUUUGGAGACUGUAAGCUGCGUGUGGAAUACCCCCGCUCAUCCGGAUCCAAGUUUAGUGGUGGUGGAGGACCCAUGGGAGGGGGAGGAGGACCCCGGGGAAGGUUCGGACCCCCCUCUCGGAGGUCUGAGUUCCGGGUGAUAGUGACUGGUCUCCCUCCUACAGGCAGCUGGCAAGACCUGAAGGACCACAUGCGUGAGGCAGGGGAUGUGUGUUUUGCAGAUGUGCAACGUGAUGGAGAGGGAGUGGUUGAGUUUCUGCGAAGGGAAGACAUGGAGUAUGCCCUGAGGCGUCUAGAUGGGACUGAGUUUCGCUCUCACCAGGGGGAGACUGCUUACAUCCGGGUUAUGGAGGAAAGGGGCUCCAGCUGGGGGCGCUCUCGCUCUCGGUCCAGAUCCCGCGGGCGCUACUCGCCGCCGUACCAUAGCAGAGCUUCCCCUCCUCACCGCUACCACUCACCCCCUCGUCACUCCCUGUCCCGCCAUAGCCCCCCCAGCCGCAGGCCACCCGCACAGCACCACAGUCCCCCUCCACGCCACUACCGAUAAACACACCCCCUUCCCCUUCCGUCAGUGCAGAAGAGUCCAGGCCCUGGCCCAUGUCUGUUUUUUCUUUUGUUUUAAAACCCAUCCUCUCCGCCGCCUUUUCAUUUUGUAAUUUACAUUCCAUCGAGAUUGCCCCCCUCUCCCCCCCCCCCAAACACCCGUUCAAUCAAGGCCUUAAUUGUAUGAAAAUUUCUUACAAAUCUCUGAUUACAUGAGAUGCCUCUCAUGGAUUUUACCUUGUCAUGCCAUCAGUUGGUGUGUGUGUGCGCGUGUAUGUAUUGUAUGAGUAUGACUGCUGUCAACUGAACCAUGGGAGCUUUGCCAAUACAGUUCACCACUGGAGUCCAUACAUGCUGGGUGUGGGUGUAGUGUAUAGUGUGUAGGAGCACUCUUAUGGCAGUCUGAAAGCUAUCCUUACAAUAGUCAUCCUUUUGAGUCACCCUGAUUUGAGGUUUCCUACUCUUAACCCAAACUACUCAGCUGCGCAAGCACGGGUAAGAUGAUGUUCUGAUGGUAAAUCUGGUACACCUUUUUGUUUUUCAAUAUAUUUUUGUUUUUGUUUGAUUUUGUUUUAAAUUAAAAGGAUAAUCAUUUUAACUUGCUCAUUCUUAUGCCCUGGUUUUGUUUUGUACCCUUUGAUGGCUGUAUGCAAAGAACUUUUUUUUGUUUUUCAAUUAAAAUAUUGAAUCACA